AUGUCUCAUAAUUUGUCAGAUGCUGGUCGUUUUAUACGUGGAUUAACUAAAUUAAGUAGACAAAUCGUAAAUGAAGCAACGAGAGCAGAUGAUCCUCGUCGACGCUCACCAUCAGUACUUGAACCUUUACUUGGACUUGUAUCAAAUGGUUUAACUCAUCUUAGUGGAAUUAAUAUAUCGAAUACUAUAUCUAAAACAGCAUGGAAAUCAAGUGUUCUUGUUCGUCAAACUGGUAUAGCUGCAACAAAUGCUAUUCGAACUUCAUCAUCCCCAUCACUAGUAUACACAUCUUCAAUUCCACCUCAUCUUAAGAUCGAUUCACCCAUAGUUACAACAACAACUACUGUAGUUAAAGAUAAAAUUCCAAUUCCAAAGUAUCCUGAAAUAGAUUCAUCCACAAUUACAACAACGACUACUUUAGCUAAAGAUAAAAUUCCAAUUCCAAAAUUUUCUGAAAUAGACUCAUCAACAACUACUCAUCCUCAAUUAGAUACAUCAACAGUUAAGCCAGCAACUAACUUUAUCAAAGAUAAAAGUCCGAUUGCAACUCAUGCUAAACUCGAUUCUACUACACCUAUUAUGGAACAAAAAUUUGAACCAUUAAUAUCAAUUAAAAAACUAGAUUCAACUACAUCUUCAACAAAAAUCGAUUCCUUAAAAGUUACACCAACUUUUUUUACUCCUUCCAUAGUCGAUGACUCAUCAACACCAUUAACAAUUGAAGAAAAUCAAAAUUUAGUUUCACCACCACCACCAUCACCAACAAAUUCUGAAGCUCAGGCACGAGCAGUACCAACAUCAAGAAUUGGUCGUUUAGCAAGUUUUGGUUCUCUUGCUGCUGGUCUUGGCGUAGGUGCUCUAGGUUCUAUGGUUCGACGUUCAGUUGGACUUGAACAAGCAUCUUCACAACAAUCUCUUUCACCAUAUUUAUCAAAAGCAAAUGCUGAACGUAUUGUUGAUACAUUAUGUAAAGUACGCGGUGCUGCACUUAAAUUAGGUCAAAUGAUAAGUAUUCAAGAUAAUUUUCUUGUUCAAGAUGAUAUUCAAAAGAUUUUCGAACGUGUUCGUCAAAAAGCAGAUUUUAUGCCUUUAUGGCAAAUGAACGAAGUAAUGACGAAUGAUUUUGGUGCUAAUUGGCGUGAUGAAUUUCAAGAGUUUCAAGAUCGACCAUUUGCUGCUGCUAGUAUUGGUCAAGUUCAUUAUGGUGUUUUAAAAAAUAGUAAACAACGUGUAGCUAUUAAAAUUCAAUAUCCCGGUGUAGGAAAAUCAAUUGAAAGUGAUAUUAAUAAUUUAAUCACAUUACUCAAUUUUUGGAAUAUACUUCCACGUGGUUUAUAUAUUGAAAGUGUUAUAAAAGUUGCUAAACGUGAAUUAAAUUGGGAAGUUGAUUAUAUACGUGAAGCUGAAUGGGGUCGUCGAUUUCAAUAUUGGCUUAGUAAUUAUCCUAUUUAUCGUAUACCAGAUAUUAUCGAUAAUUUAUCAUCAAAAAAUGUUUUAACAACAUCAUUUUUCGAUGGUAUUACUCUUGAUAAUGCUAUUAAUGAAAAUCAAGUUAUACGUGAUAGAAUUGGUACAGCUAUAUUAGAAUUAUGUUUAUUAGAAUUAUUUAAAUUUAAAGCUAUGCAAACUGAUCCAAAUUGGUCAAAUUUUUUAUUUAAUCCAGCAAAUAAAACAAUUGGUUUAAUAGAUUUUGGUUCAUCACGUGAUUUUAGUCCAAAAUUUAUUGAUAAUUAUUUAAAAAUUAUACGUGCAUCAGCUGAUAAUGAUCGUGAACGUAUUAAAGAAUUAUCAAUUGAAGGUGGAUUUUUAACUGGUUAUGAAACACGUGAAAUGGUUGAUGCACAUGUGAAUGCUGUUAUGUUAUUAGGUGAGGGUUUUCGUACAGAACAAGCAUUUGAUUUUGGUUCACAAAAUACAACACAUAGUAUACAUAAAUUAAUCCCAACUAUGCUCAAACAUCGUUUAACACCACCUCCAGAAGAUUCAUAUUCAUUACAUAGAAAAAUGUCUGGUGCAUUUUUACUUUGUACAAAAUUACGUUCAAGAGUUUAUUGUAAACCAAUUUUUGAACGUAUAUGGAGAGAAUAUAAAUCAUCAUAA